AUGGCUUCCUCCCUCUCCGAAAAAGAGCCCAUAUCGGCACCCACCACCCCCGUGCCCGCCGCCCCCGCCGCCGACACGACAGUCAAGAUCCCCUCCUCGACUACCUCCGACUCGGGGGAAGACCCGUUGGCCCACCUCACCCCCGAGGAAGCGGCGAUCGUGCGGCGCCAGCUGGAUAUUCCCGAUGUCAAGCUGACAUACUUUACGCUGUUCCGCUAUGCCACGACGAAUGAUAAGAUAUUGAUUGCGUGUGCGUGUCUGGCGAGUAUUAUUGCCGGCGCGGUCAUGCCGCUCAUGACGGUGGUGUUUGGUGAGCUUGCGGGAGUGUUUCAGAAGUUUGCGCUGGGAACGAUUACGCCGGAGCAUAUGCAGAGUGAGGUGAAUCGGUUUACUGUUUAUUUCGUGUACAUGGCCAUCGGCGAGUUUGUGAUGGUCUACUUCGAGACCGUGGCCUUCAUCUACUGCGGCGAACACAUGGGGCAGAAGAUCCGCGAACAAUACCUUGCCGCCAUCCUCCGCCAGAACGUCGCCUUCUUCGAUAAGCUCGGCGCAGGCGAGAUCACGACCCGCAUCACGGCCGACACCAACCUCAUCCAGGAGGGCAUCUCGGAGAAGAUUGGCCUCACGCUCACCGCCCUCGCAACCUUCUUCACGGCGUUCAUCAUCGGCUUCGUCAAGAGCUGGAAGCUCACGCUGAUCUUGUGCUCGACGGUGGUCGCGAUCACGCUCAUCAUGGGUGUUGGCUCAACGUUCAUGGUCAAGUAUAAUAAGCAGUCGCUGGCGUCGUAUGCGGAGGGUGGAACCGUCGUGGAGGAGGUCAUCUCGUCCAUUAGGAAUACGACGGCAUUUAGCACGCAGGAGAAGUUGGCGAAGAUGUAUGACGAGCACUUGCGCGUGGCCGAGAAGUGGGGGAUGAAGAUGAAGAUGUCGUUGGCAGUGAUGCUGGGGUUCAUGAUGUGCAUUGUGUAUCUCAACUACGGGCUUGCGUUCUGGCAGGGUAGUCGCUUCCUGGUUACGGGCGAUACGAACUUGUCGGCGAUCUUGACGGUGCUGUUGGCUGUCCUCAUUGGUGCGUUCUCGCUCGGAAAUGUGGCGCCGAAUAUCCAGGCGUUUGGCACGGCUGUUGCGGCGGCGGCCAAGAUCUUCUCGACGAUUGACCGUGUGUCGCCUUUAGACCCGGCGUCGGAUGAGGGCACGAAGCUGCCUGAGGUGCAGGGCACGAUUGAGCUGAGGAAUAUUAAGCACAUCUACCCAAGUCGCCCGGAGGUCGAGGUCAUCAAGAAUAUGAAUGUAGUGAUUCCCGCGGGCAAGGUGACGGCGCUGGUGGGUGCGUCCGGGUCUGGGAAGUCAACGAUCAUUGGCCUUGUGGAGCGCUUCUACGAUCCCGUGGGCGGGCAGGUGCUGCUCGACGGGCACGACAUCUCGACGCUGAAUCUCCGAUGGCUGAGGGAGAACAUCUCGCUUGUCUCGCAGGAGCCGGUGCUAUUUGGAACUACUAUCUAUGGGAAUGUCUGCCAUGGGCUCAUCGGUACAAAGCACGAGAACGCCUCUGAGGAGGAGAAGCGUGACCUGGUUGUGAAGGCCUGCAUUAUGUCCAACGCCGACGGCUUCAUCCGCACUCUCCCCGAAGGAUACGAGACGAAUGUUGGUGAGCGCGGGUUCCUCAUGUCCGGCGGUCAGAAGCAGCGUAUCGCCAUUGCCCGUGCAAUUGUCUCCGACCCCAAGAUCCUGUUGCUCGACGAGGCCACCUCGGCGCUCGACACCCGCUCUGAGGGCGUUGUGCAGGCCGCACUCGACGCGGCCUCGAAGGGACGAACUACCAUUGUUAUCGCUCACAGACUCUCGACCAUCAAGACCGCCGACAACAUCAUCGUCAUGAUGAACGGCGAGAUUGUGGAAGCCGGCACCCACGACGCCCUGCUCGAGCGCAAGGCCGCCUACUACAACCUUGUUGAGGCGCAGCGCAUCUCCGCAGCCAAUGAUAGCGCCGCUCUGGCCGUUGGUGGCAGCGACGACGAGGAGGACAUCGACGACGACGAGAAGCUGAAGCUGACGCUCACGCAUGCAAGCACCAAGGGCGGCGCGCCCGUGGACCUGGAGGACCUCGAGCUCGGCACCAAGCUUGGCCGCACGGGAACCGCAAAGUCGAAGAGCUCUGUGGCGCUCGCAAACCGCGCCGCCGAGAAGACACCGCAGUACUCACUGUGGACGCUGAUCAAGCUGACCGCCGGCUUCAACAAGACCGAGAAGUUCUACAUGGCUGUCGGCCUCUUCUUCUCCGUCAUUGCCGGUGGUGGGUAUCCUACGCAGGCUGUCUUCUUCUCGAAAUCCAUUGUGGCCCUCUCGCAGCCGCCGUCAGGCUAUGGCCAGCUGAGGAAAGAUGCAAACUUCUGGUCGCUCAUGUAUCUCAUGCUCGCGCUCGUCCAGCUGCUUGCCUAUCUCUGCCAGGGUGUGGCUUUUGCCCUCUGCUCUGAGCGUCUCGUCCGCCGUGUCCGUGACCGCGCCUUCCGCACCAUCCUGCGCCAGGAGAUUGGCUACUUUGACCGCGAGGAGAACAGCACCGGUGCCCUGACGUCCUUCCUCUCUACCGAGACCACGCACCUUAGCGGUAUCUCUGGUGUCACGCUCGGUACGCUCCUUAUCGUCUCCACAACCCUCAUCGCCGCCAUCUCCGUCUCGUGCGCCGUGGGCUGGAAGCUCGCUCUCGUCUGCACCGCCACGAUCCCAAUCCUGCUCUCGUGCGGUUUCCUGCGCUUCUGGAUGCUCUUGCGAUUCCAACAGCGCUCCAAGAAGGCCUAUGAAUCAUCUGCGUCCUUCGCCUGCGAGGCCACUGCCGCAAUCCGCACCGUCGCUUCCCUGACCCGUGAACAAGACGUUUGGGACAUCUACCACGCCCAGCUCAAAGCGCAGGCCAAGAAGUCUUUCGUCUCUAUCAUAUCCUCAUCGUCCCUCUACGCCGCCUCCCAGUCACUCAUGUUCCUCUGCAUCGCGCUCGGCUUCUGGUACGGCGGUACGCUCAUCAAGACACGCGAGUACGAUAUGCAGAAGUUCUUCCUCGUUUUUGCGGCCAUCGUCUUUGGCGCCCAGUCUGCAGGCACAAUCUUCUCCUUCGCCCCAGAUAUGGGCAAAGCCCGUGCCGCCGCCUCAGAGCUCAAAGCCCUGUUCGACCGCGUUCCCGAGAUUGAUAGCUGGAGCGAGGACGGUGCCCCCUGUGAGUCCAUGGACGGCGCCGUCGAGUUCCGCGACGUGCACUUCCGCUACCCCACACGCCCUGAGCAGCCCGUUCUGCGCGGUCUGGACCUCACCGUGAAGCCAGGCCAAUACGUCGCCCUUGUCGGACCCUCGGGCUGCGGUAAGAGUACCACUAUCUCCCUCAUCGAGCGCUUCUACAACCCGCUGGCUGGCGGCGUGUUCGUCGACGGUAGGGAAAUCUCGUCACUCAAGAUCAAUGAUUACAGAAAGCACAUUGCGCUGGUCAGUCAGGAGCCGACGCUGUACCAGGGGACGAUUAGAGAGAAUAUUUUGUUGGGUGGCGCGAGGGAGGUGAUUCCCGAUGAGGAGGUGGUGGCGGCGUGUAAGGCGGCGAAUAUUUAUGAUUUUAUUAUGUCACUGCCAGAAGGUUUCUCGACCAUGUGCGGGUCCAAAGGCGCCCUCCUCUCCGGCGGCCAGAAGCAACGUAUUGCAAUCGCCCGCGCACUCAUCCGAAACCCCAAGAUCCUCCUCCUCGACGAAGCCACCAGCGCGCUCGACUCGGAGAGCGAGAAGGUUGUGCAAGCGGCACUCGACGCGGCCGCGAAGGGGCGCACGACGAUUGCGGUCGCCCAUAGGCUCAGCACGAUCCAGAAGGCGGAUAUCAUCUAUGUGUUUGAUGCGGGGCGCAUCGUGGAGGCGGGGACGCAUAGCGAGUUGUUGGGGAAGAAGGGGAAGUAUUUUGAGUUGGUGAAUAUGCAGAGUUUGGGGAAGAAUGAGUAG